AUGCAAUAUUGCAAAUGCAAAAAGAUAAACUGUCACAUUGCAUCAUUACUGACGUUUCUUGUUCUGUCUCUUGAAGAUGACGCGAACAGCCUUUACCCCGAGCAGUUCAAGGACGUGAUGGACUUCAUCGAAGCCACGAUCGGCCGACUGCGAAGAUCCUCCGACAUGGACUCAGGAACCAAGCAGGGCAGGGGCCAGAGGAAAGGAGCGACAAACAUCGAGAGGAGCAGACGGGGGCGAGGAGAACGAAAGAAGGGUCGAGGACGAGGCCGAGACGACAAGGUCAAAGGUCAAGGGCGUGGGUGCCUGCUGAAAGAGAUCCACCUCAACGUCACAGACCUGGGCUUGGGUUACAGGACCAAAGAGGAGCUGAUCUUCCGCUACUGCAGCGGCCCGUGUUUGGACGCCGAGACCAACUACGACAAGAUCCUCAACAACCUCACCCACAACAAGAAGCUUGACAAGGAGACGCCGUCUCGGACUUGCUGUCGACCGGUCGCGUUCGACGACGACAUCUCGUUCUUGGACGACAGCUUGGAAUACCACACUCUGAAGAAGCAUUCGGCUAAAAAGUGCGCUUGUGUUUGACGGACGAAUCCAGAACGAAACGCUUCAGACUGGGCCGCGGGACUCUCUGAGAGAGAUACAGUCAGUAUUCAGUUUGUUACCAAACCACAUCCGUUUAUCCAGCAACAAACUUGGUGGAAUAAGGAGCGUGACGCACCUGCAGUGGAUUAUCACGUUUACACAGCGACAGACUCCACAUCUUAAAUAUCCAGAAAGCUAUCUAUCUAUCUAUAUAUAGUAUAUAUGAAAAUGUAUUUAUUGAGAUUUAAUUAAGUUAUUGUUAUUUAUUGCAAUCCAUUGUAUUAGAGUGUUUGUUUCUCUUAU